UCUCGGGGACAAGUGUAGAUUCUUUUGAAAAUACCAUGAAUUGCCACAUUAGUUAUGGAUGAAGGAGACGGAGGGUAUGUGUUGGUUUUAAUGAGGUGACCUCCCUGCGUGUACUUCUCCCUGGCUGGUGGGUUGGAGCUGCGGUGCGUGACGGGUCAGUCUAUUACUGUACUUCCAAAAGCACACUCCUGCUCAGAGGUUCCCCGUUGAGAAAAAAAAAUGAACCUGCCGUCCAGAGAGGAGUGCGAGGGGUGGGACCAGGCGCAAGUAGCUUUCUUUUUGUACAAGAACAAAAUGCAAGAAUGUGCUGCCACUGUAAACAAACUGAAAAUUAAUGGACACAGACUUUUGUGGGAUGAUCAAGUGUGUAUCUGUGGGGCCAAGGUUCAGUUCUUUGAAGAAGAACUUGUCUGAUACUGAGCUGAGCAAGUUUAGUCUCAUCCACCAACCGCAGCUUCAGAAGAUCGUUCAAGACAUCAAGAAAAACGAUGGCAGCCUACUGAAUAAACUCCGAAGUAUCUCUCUCCAUGGCUCCAGACUGAAAAGCAAACCGAUUCCAAAAGUACCAGCGAGAGAUUACAGAGAUGAUGACCAACUGUCUGAACCCGAUUAUGAUAAUGACACAUAUGAGGAUCCACAUGAGGACCAUGAUGACAGCUAUGAGCCUCCUCCUCGUGGUCAUCACCAAAACUUCACCACAACUCCCGCUGCUUCCUACCCAAAGGGAGAGUACCUUGACAACCGUCGUAACCAACCCCAGCGACCGCCCAGGAAGCCGGUCCGCCCAAGCAAAGGCUCCAAACAACUGCCCCCCGAACCCACAGGCAUGGGGAGCGAUGAUGAAGACUACAUCAAUCCAGACGGUAACGAUGAUGACAACUAUAUAGAACCUGAAGAGAAUCCACCUUCAAAUCCUAUGAUGCAUGGUAUGAGCAAAGUGGGGAAGAACUCUCCUAUGUUGUCUACACCUUUACCAGAGCGUCCACCCAGUCCCGAUGUUUAUGAAGUCCCUGACCAAGAGGAGAACUCAAUGUCUCCUGCAAGCAGACUAUGUCCAAUCCCCACAACACAGUCACAUACUUUACCGCCAAAGCCCAGCCCCAGAAUAACAACAAAAAUAUCUCCUCCUACUGAGCCCACAGGUGAUGACGAAUAUGAAGUUUGUGAUCCACACGACAGUACCAGUGAUAAAGCUGCAGAGGGUCCCCCUCCACUCAAACCCAAACCUGUGCCCAGAGAGAGGUCACCAAAACCACCCGUAAGGCCGAGACCAGAUUUAAAACCAAGGGAGUUUGAAAGCCGAACUCUGCCUGUGAUGCCAACAGAGCAGAAGACUUCACCAAAAGCUUUUUCUCUGGACUUUCACAAGCGACCAAAAAUUCCUCUUCCACACUUUACCCCCCCCAAACCAGCUGACAAAGGAAGCAUUUCUUCUGAAAAUGGGUCAUUAGACCAGGAUAAGUUUCCAUUUACUGUAUUUCAGGAUGCAGACGUCUAUAGGAAGUCCUGGUAUGCCAGCACAUGUGACCGCAAAACUGCUGACGACGUCUUGUUCCGCGCAAAUAAAGACGGGGCGUUCAUGGUGAGAAAGAGCUCCGGUCAAGACGCACAGCAGCCCUAUACAUUAGUGGUGUUUUACAAUGGCAGAGUGUACAACAUCCCGAUCCGCUUCAUACCAACAACUCAACAGUACGCUCUGGGAAGAGAGAAGAGAGGGGAGGAGUAUUUCAGCAGUGUCUCCCACAUCAUAGAGAACCACCAGAGAAACCCCCUGGUGCUGAUUGAUAGCCAGAGUAACACCAAGGACGCCACCAAACUGUGCUUCCCCGUGAAGCCCUAGAUGACACUCGCUGAUGGCGAACAGCCAAGUGAUUGGACUGUAUCCCAACCCUACUGUCGCACUGGUGUUUACAGGACUCAUUAACUGAUGCUUUUCUCCUUCAUUGUUCAUUUGAGGUCCUGUCAACAGGAUCGUGUGCUGCACUUGUCUGCAUUGCUGGCCAUGCAGAGCUAAAGGACCACUGACUCACAAGACUUUUUAACUCACGUUUUAUUGUUUAUUGUUUUUUUUUUGUUUUUUUUUAAUGCUCAGUCAGUAAACAGUGUAUUAAAAUGAAUGCGAGGGACGAGACAGUGUUGCUGAAGCUAAAGGAAGCGUAUAGACAAAUAAUUUGUUUAUGACAGCAAUACUUUGAGGAGCCAAAAAAUACAAGGUUGUAUUUUUUCUUUUAAUAAAAUUCUUUUGUUGCAUAA